AGCCAUGUUUAUGGGAAGACUGAUCCAGCAAACUUCACGGAGACUCUUAUCUUCAUCAAGCAAUGAAAUUCUUCUGACUUACCCAGAGUCCAACCCAGGAAUAGCUCUUCUAGGUUUGAAUAGGCCUCCUGUAAAUGCUGUAAGUUUGUCACUAGGUGCACAACUUCGAGAGGCAUUAGCUGAAAUAAAGUCAAAGAAAAGUCUCCAAGGAGUUAUUCUCUACAGUACUUCACCUAAGAUAUUCUGUGCUGGGGCAGACUUAAAAGAGCGUCUGUUUAUCAAGGAAGAGGAUGUCCCAGGUAUGGUGAGAACAUUUCGGCUGAUGAUCCAAGAUAUGUAUGAGUUACCUAUGCCAGUGAUUUGUGCAAUUGAUGGUGUCGCUAUGGGUGGAGGACUGGAGCUUGCACUUGGUACUGACAUACGAAUCUGCAGUACCACAGCCAAGAUGGCACUGUCAGAAACAAAAUUGGCAAUAAUUCCUGGUGGAGGUGGAACUCAGCGCCUCCCUAGGGUUGUUGGAGUUCCUAAAGCAAAGGAGCUUAUAUUUACUGGAAGGGAUGUUUUUGGAGAAGAAGCAGAAAGGAUUGGACUGGUCAAUGCCUGUGUAGAUCAGAAUGAAGAGGGAAAUGCAGCAUUUGUUAAGUCUCUGGAAAUGGCCUCUUUACUCCAGGAAAGAGGUCCAGUAGCAUUAAGGAUGGCUAAGAAAGCCAUCACUGAAGGUUUUGAGGCAGGGCCUAUCAGAGCUGGGUUAGAGAUUGAACAUGAGGCUUAUUUGGGUGUCAUUCCUACUACAGAUAGGAUUGAAGCUUUGAUGGCUUUCAGAGAGAAACGUAAACCUAAUUUCAAAGGAGAAUGAAUCAUCUAAAACAUUAGGAUAUCUACUAAGUUUGUGUUUGUAAAAUAAAUCUAAUCUGUCUUCAAAAAUGUUUACCAAUCUAUUUAAUAAUUUGAUUUAUAAUGUGGUACAGAGGUUUUAGUAAUUUAUUAAAUAACGUUUGUGAUAUGACAAAGAACCGCAAUUAUGUUUCAAAGGCUGUGAUCCCUCAAAACCACAAAGAAAUUGUGGUUUCUUCAUUUUUUCAAUUAAGGAAGUACAUUAUAUGUACGCUGAGCUUGAUCUUGUGUGAUUGCAUUACCAUGAUAAAAAAAUUUUUAUAUCAAUGAUUUAUAUGUAUAUUAUA